AAUUGCCCUCGUUUUUGGCUUGUUGGUGUUAUAUACUAUUACUUCAACUCUCCUCAUAAACCACCCACCAUUUCGUUUUAUUGCAAAAACGAACGAAGCAAAUAAAAUCGCCGAUUUCUGUCGUGAGUGGCUACGUCAGCAUCGUGCGCGCUCGGACUGGCAGGCCAUAAUCAAACCGUGUUACGACAAUAUGGCCUGGGGAAAAGUGAAGGAUGGCUGGGAAAUAGCUAACAGAACCGACGCCUCAACAAGUGAGAUAACAUUUCAGGACAUCAGGCCUGCUGGAGAGUACAGUAAGAUUUUCAUCCAAUCAAAAACAACCGACAAUAGAGCGAAAGUAAUUGGUGGAGACACCUGGAGGGUCAACCUACGUGGCCCAUCGAGCAUUGCAGCGACUGUUUUUGAUCACAAUAAUGGAACUUAUGAAGCUCUGUUUCUUAUUAUGGAGCCUGGUAUCUAUCAACUGUUGAUUCACCUUGACUAUAGUCUGUGCGAUGGAUUCAGGGACCCUCCACCUGAUUGGUUCAUUAAGGGGAACGUUCAUGGGAAAUUUCAACCGAGAAAUCUUCUAGGCCCCCUGGUUGAUUACUUGGCACAGCCCUUUCAGAGCGGAACACAUCUCGAGAUAACCGUAGAAACAACAGAUACGAUCGUCUAUCGUAUACAGUCGUGUUCUUCCACGUGCAAUAACUUGUGGGAUGGAUUUGGUCGGUGGAAGAAUGACAAAUGGCGGCCAUACCUCGAAGAAUCAUACGACUGGUCCUUACCAGAAAACUACAGCUCUUCUGGUACUUUCUGGGUGUACGGUGAUUCAUUAGGACUUAGGCUGUUUAAUUCAAUCCGCUCUCGUGACCUGUGCACAAAGCUCUACUCCAACUGCAAAAACAGUUAUAACUGGCUCUAUCCAACCAGGAAUGAUAAACCAGUCAACAAUACACGGGAUAACCUCGACUUUCGUCCGGAGAUAGUCUUAAAUGCCAUACGCAGCGUUCUUAAUACGACAGACUUACAGCAACCAUCCAGUGUACUGCUUUUAAACCUUGGACUUCAUUAUACCCGAAGCGUCAAUUUCACAACUUUUCAGAGGGUCAUUGGAGACGUAAUAGACUUGUUGAAAGAGAAAACAAUUGACUCACAAGGCAAGGAAGUUCUAAAGUUAAAAGCGAGGGUCAUUUGGAAAUCAACUACAGCCUUAUGUAAGCAUAAGCAAAGGUACCACAACCCAACAGAUAAGAGAUUCCUCACACCGCAGCGAGUUCUCCUGUUCAGCGCGUACGCCAUCACAGCCAUGUGUCAAGCGGGUUUCGAUGUCAUAGACGUGUAUCCGAUGACCCACUCGUAUCCGGAGGGUACAUUGGACAAUGAUAUUGUUCACUAUCCAAACAAAGUGUUUGAUGCGGUGCCGGAAGUUGAACCUCCUUUCCGAUUAGCAUCAUAUUCUAACCAACACCCUCCAGUUGGUUAUGCUGCCGCACCCUUUGAUAACUAUCCACCACCCCCAGAGUACCCAUAUCAACCGGAAUCACCACCACUCUACCCUGGAGAGGAAGCAGUUCCAUAG